AUGGAAGCGGCGGCGAUCGCCGCACACCGACUAGCCUGUGAACUGAAGUGGAAAGAGGGGACUGCGCAUACUAAGUUCCCCAGCGGCAUGCUGACCGACUCCAUCUUCGGAAUGAGGCAGGAUAGGAUGCCAGCAGUUCGGGCCCUGGACAGGCGCUUUAAAGUGCAGGUCACAGGGCUCGCGGACGAGAUUGAACCCGGAGCAUCGGUUCAGGCCUGGGACGGGGACGUCUGGUUCACAGAUGGCUCCAAGACGGGCACGAGCUCCGGUGCGGGCAUUGUUUGCCGACAGAGGAGGGUGGCAGAGAGCCUGCCCCUGGAUGGGUACGCCACGGUUUUCCAGACGGAGAUCGUGGCAAUCCUAAGAUGUGCCCAACUGGCCCUGGAAGUGAAGGAGACGGUUGGGCGCGUGAGAAUAUGUUCGGACAGUCAAGCUGCCAUCAAGGCACUUGAAGCCCCGAUCUACACCUCGCGGCUGGUCUGGGACUGCAGAAAUGCACUGGAGAAGCUGGCAAAGGACAAAGAAGUUAUCGUGACCUGGGUCCCCGGUCACUCGAGGAUUGAGGGCAAUGAAGAGGCCGACCGGCUCGCCAGAGCCGCAUCAAGAAUGGAGGUGUUCGGGCCGGGACCGGUGCUGGGGGUCCCUUUCUGCCUUGGCAGGGAGAGGCUUCGGGCCUGGCUGCGGAACGAGCACCUCGAGUCUUGGAAAAAUGAGCUGGGGGCAGGCCGGAGCUCUACUGGGGGAUACACCCAGCGAGGGCCUAGUCCGGGACAUAAGGUCCUUGAGCAGAAGGGACGCUAGGCUAGCGGUGCAAAUACUGACUGGCCAUGGAGCCCUUAAUUACCACAUGCACAGGCUGGGCCGUUCCGAUACGACUGAGUGUAGGGCCUGUGGGGAGGAAGAGGAGACAAGUCUCCACAUUCUUUGCGACUGCCCGGCCUACGCGGGGCUAAGACUAAAACUACUAGGCUCGGCUUUUCCCGAGCCAGGGCAGAUUAGUAGGCUACCUAUGAGGGACCUGAGCCUCUUCUGGAGGGAAUCGGGGCUCCCAUAGGCGGCAAACGACUGGAGGGUGACACAAUGGGCAUCAGCCUGCGUGUCGUUGGCGGAUCUUCGAUUCGAGGACCGCCCCCUCUGACUCCAUUAUUAUUAUUAUUAUUAUUAUGUGCGUUACAGCAACCUAAUGGUAAAUUAUCAUUGAUCUUUUUCUGCAGCUGAGGAUACUGCUGAUUAUAAAACCGCUGAUUUUCUGCAGGAAAUAACGAUUGUUCAUUUAACCUGUUACAAAUUUGUUGUAACGGUUUAUCAAAUUUUCUGAGAAGUUUUUUUUAGAGUGAAAAGAUAGUUUUCAAAUGGGAAAGCACUAAAAGAAUCUAGGAGUCCCAAUCUUUUUGCAUCAGCAGGUAAAUGUAUUACAGUAUGCAUGUUAUAAGUAACAUUUUGUGGUCCAUACAGAAUGCUCAUGUUUUGAACGAAAUAUACCAAAAGAUCAUGUGCAUAUUCGUUAUUCUUUUCAUAAUCGUCAAUGCUACAUAAAAUUCUCAUCGCACAAUUUAAGGCAUUAAAAUGUAGAUAUUUUUCAUUAGGCAGCACAUUUCUAAGAACCAGCGGUCCUAAAUAUAGAAGAAAAGUGCGAUGUUGAGUCGCUUUCCAUCUGUGAAAAUCAUCCAAAUCAAAAUAUUUUCGAGCGAAUUCUGUUGGAAUACAUUUUGACACAGUUUUCAGUGCAUCAGACAAAACAUUAAGAUGACCUUGCAUCACUCUGGAAAUUUUUGAUCUGUCUAGCCACAAUUUCAGAAGUUGCUUGUUUAUACCGAGACAAGAAUUAUGCAUGUAGCCUACAGGAAAAUGACUCACCAUUGGAACUGAAAUCACUUCAAAUGGCGAUAAAACACCUUGAAGGUGAUGUUCAGUGCAUUUCCCACAGGCAAAGUGUCCAUUGUGCGAUUUUGUGCAAGUAACAUAUGCUCGAGCUGGAGCAUCACAAAUGACAGCACGGAUAUUGAUUUGCCGGGGCUGUUCGUUGAAAAAGAAUCCAUUGUUUUUUAAAUUUAAAUAUUCAUUCACAAAUGGUUGAAGAAAUUCGCAUAAAGGAGCUUUUUGGUAACCAUGAUAAACACCGAUGACGAAUGGUGCAAAUGGCAAAUCAGAAAUCCUGCCUAAAAUCGCCCAAAGCUGACUCUUUGAGCUUUUCGAAAUUGGUAAGCCAUCAAUAUUUAUGCCCAAAUGAAUUAUAUCCCGAUAAUUAAAAGCAUGAGGAAAGCGACUACCAAUUGAUGUAAGCGCUUUUAAUAAGCCGUAGUGACCUUUGGAAAGAGUUCUAAUAUUAUGAGCCUGGAUAUACCUGGUCUUGGGGUAUUCAAAAGUGUUCGUGCAUCCCGAGGUAAAUCAUUAUGCCCAUGUCUUGACAGAAUUUGUAAUAAUGAUGUUAAUGCAUUUUGAUUAAUUUGAAAUUCAUUUGCCCAUUUACACAGUUCACCUGCCAAAGGCAAAUGCAUAUUUUCCGGAUGCGGGUUAAUUUGAAAUUCGUCAUCACUGACGAUGCUUGUGUCGUAUGAUGAAACACUAUUAGAAUUGUAUGUGUCAGAGUGACUAAUAUCUGAUGAAGCAUCAUUGACCUGCAUCAUAUUUGAUUGAUCUUCAAUCUCAUCAAAUUCUAAAGCCAAUGAACAUGAUGGACCACCAAUUGGAUUAUCGUCAACAUUUGGAAGUACAGCCGGCUGAGAAGCUACUUCACGAUCCAAAUUGUAAGAAAGUAAAGUUCGCCGGUUUUGUUGACGUUUCGACAAAUUAAAAAAUUUUUUGGGCAUUUUCAGAGACAAUAAAUAAUCUUAAUAAACGUACAAAACCUACAAAA